UACCUCUCAUCUAAGGUUCUUGCUCGCCUGAAUCCUUCACAUUGGUAUCCAUUUCCUAGAUCGAGCCUUUACAGUAGUACUAUUAAAGAUCCAUGUUACCUCUUUGCUCAGAAUUUCCAA